AACUCAAAGUGAACUCUGAGCUGCUUUGGGUGACUGGGCAGUCGCAGUUUCACAGGCCAGCCAGGAUGGCAGCAUCUGGACCCUUCCCGCUGCUGGUGGAGGGGUCUUGGGGCCCCGACCCUCCGAAGACCUUAAUCAACAAGUUGCAAACAUACUUCCAGAGCCGGAAGAAGUCAGGCGGAGGGGAGUGCGAGGUCGUCCUACAGCCUGGGAGUCCUGCCAGCUUUCUGGUGCUCUUCUCCCCAGAGGAUGUUCGGCAGAAUGUUCUGGAGAAAGAAAAUCAUGAGUUAGUAUGGCCAGGAAAAGGUACAUUCAAGUUAACUGUCCGGUUGCCCGAAGACCCAGAUGAAGCCCCAGUCUCUAAGGAGGCAGUCCCAGAAAAUGAAUCCAAGACUAAAAAAGACGCUGUAGGAAAAGAUGAUUUGGAUACAACACAUUCUCCCAGCAACAGAUCAGAAAAAAUGGAAGAUGUCUCCAAAGAAUGUGAAACUGUUUCCUCCAUGGUGGCAUUUGAAAACCUGCCUGAGAAAGUGACUGACAUAGUGCUGACCAUGCUAGUGGAGAAUAUAAGCGGCCUCCCCAGUGACGACUUUAAGGUGGAAUUGAUCCGAGAUUUUGGGGUUGCAGUGGUUACCUUUCAGAAGCCUAUAGAUACCAAAAAAUUUAUUAGUGAUUGUAUCUGUCAUCAUUCGAACCGACAGCUGCAGCUUGCCCCGAGACUUCUGGAAACAACAAAUGUAGUUAGGGUGGAAAACCUGCCUCCUGGGGUAGAUGACUACCAGCUUCAGCUCUACUUUGAAAGCCCUUUCAAUGGGGGCGGAAGAGUCACCCACGUUGAGUGUUUCCCAGAAGAGAGCUCGGCGCUGGUUGAGUUUUCAGACAGCAAAGUGUUAGAUACCAUUCUGGCCAAGAAGCACAGUUUCAACCGGAUGCCACUCUCUGUCUUCCCCUAUUAUCCUUCUCUGGGCACAGCCUUAUAUGGCGAGGAGAAGCCACUGAUCAAGCUUCCAGCACCUUUCCAAGAGUCACUGAACCUUCCUUUGUGGAAGUUCUUUCAAAAACAUAAUCAUCUAAUAAAGGAAAUAAAUGACAAAAUGAGACACUGUCACAGCGAGCUAACAUGGUCUGACAUCAAUGGCACAGUGACCGUCAGACCUGCUGCCACCUUAGUCAAUCACAGACCAAGCAUCAAGACCUGGCAGAGAGACGCCUCCGAGCUGCUGUCUGGCAUCAAGUCUGAGUACGAAGUUAAGGUGUUUGAAGUGUAUCCGCCAGUGUGGGACAUCAUACGGCAUGAAUUAGGAGAUGACAGGGUUCUGAUGGAGUUUGAUAAGGAGAGUCUCACCUUAGCCGGAAAAUCAGAAGAUGUCCAAGGCAUCGGCCAGAAAAUCAAGGAGUUAAUAGACAGCACCACGGAACAGGUCCGAAAGGAGGAGCAGAGUCUGAAGGAGAAAGUGGCCAUUUCUCCAGGGAAGCAUUUUCUUUUGCAACAGAGUGGUUUUCUGGAGGAUCUAAGCAAAGAGAACCCAGAGCUGGAGAUUCAUUACGAUGCUGCCACUCAGCACCUGUGCUUUAAGGGAUUCCGUGCAGAUGUAUAUAAAGUAAAGUGUGACAUCCAAGAAAAGGUGUAUUCCAUGGCUCAGAAAGACGUCCCACUUCCUUCUGCAGUCUUCAUGUUUCUGCAGCAAGUAGACAGUCAGAAAUUCUCCAAGACUCUUUUUGAAGCAGAGAAAAUUCUUGCCACGUAUGAGCUGAACGGUACAGCUCUUCUCUUGAUGGCCUGUUCUUUGGGAGCCCUGGCAGAAGCAGAGAAGAAAAUGCUUAAUGCUUUGAAUUAUAAAAUUAUUGAAGUAGAAGACAAGGAUGUUUUUAGAGGUAAUGCAUGGAAAAAAAAAAUUCACCCUCUGCAAAAGAGACACUCCUCCACUGCAAGCAUUACGAUAAAGAAUGAAUUAACUUCAGAAACCCCAGCAGAGGUCAUCAUUGCAGGCUGUGUGAAAGAUGUAAAUGAAAUCCAUGGCCAACUUUUUGAGUUCUUAGAGAACACCAUGAAAAUUGAAAGACUGGUUGAUAUUGAACAAGUCUUGAUUAUCGAGUAUUUAAGGUCAGACAGAAGGGUAUUCUGGACAAAGAUAAGGAAGGCCAAUGUGCAGGCAAGUUUUAAGCUGGAAGAUGAACCAAAAGGCAUUUUACUAACUGGCUCCAAGAGUAAAGUUCUAGAGUGCAUGAACAUGGUCAAGCAAAUCCGGGAUUCAGUCUGCAUUAAAAGGUUCCAGAUUGAUAAGCCUGGUGCUAGGCACUUCUUCCAGGAUAAAGCAUCCUAUUACAAAAGUGAGAUCAAACGCCUGUAUGGAUGCAUCAUUGAGCUCCAGGAGGGGGCAGAGAAGGACAAAGGCAGCCUUAAAGAGCAGAAGUGCCUCUUACAGAAGGACAUAGCCCCUGGAGUCACGCUGAUUGUACAGCAGGGAGACCUGGCCCGGUUUCCUGCCGAUGUGAUAGUGAAUGCAGCAAACGAGAAUCUGAAACACAUUGGUGGUCUGGCCCUCGCUCUUUCAAAUGCAGCUGGCCCUGAACUUCAAGCAGAAUGUGACAAAAUAGUGAGAAAGAGGGGUGUGAUCCUAAGUGGCAAUGCCUUUAUCUCAAAACCAGGCAAGCUCCCUUGCCAUCAUGUCAUUCACGCAGUAGGGCCUCGGUGGAACAGAAAUAAGGCCCAGGAGUGCGUGAACCUGUUAAAGAGAGCUGUGGAACGAAGUCUCACCUUAGCUGAGUUGGUCAAGUGUCAGUCCAUAGCCAUGCCAGCUAUCGGCUCUGGAAUCUUUGACUUUCCCUUAGACCUGUGUGUGGCCACCAUUGUUUCUGCCGUCAAAGACAUCUUCCAACGUAAGCCAGACAGGCACACCUUGAAAAAGAUCUAUCUGGUGGACAUAUCUGCAAAGGUUGCUGGGGCCUUUGCUGAAGCUGUAGAAACUACAUACAAAGCCACCCUCUCCCACACAGCUUCCCCUUCGCAUUUACAAGCAUUAAAAUCAGUGCCACCUGGGAAAACAUCGCAGACACCACAGACACAGGACUAUGUGCUGGUGUCCCCAGAAGGCCUGAAAAUCCGGCUGAUGAAAGAAGGUGUACAGAAUGCCAAGACCCAUGUGGUUGUCAACUCCAUUCCCUCGGAUCUUGCACUCAACAAAGGACCCCUUUCUAAGGCCUUACUGGAAAAGGCCGGGCCAGAACUCCAGAAGGAACUGAAUGAAGCAGGACAAGGGGUCUCUGUGAAGGCAGGCACAAUUCUACAAACCAGUGGCUGUAACCUGAACUGCCACCAUGUAUUUCACGUGGUGGUUCCACAGUGGAAAGUCAAUGACACUGCAUCGUCACUGAAGAUCAUGAAAAACAUCAUCAGAGACUGUCUAGGAACCGCCGAGGCACUGUCUCUGCAAUCAAUUGGAUUUCCAGCAAUAGGAACAGGAAAUCUGGGGUUUCCUAAACCCAAAUUUGCUAAACUGAUAAUUUCAGAAGUGCUCAAAUUUAGUAGCAAGAACCACCUGAAAACUUUACAGGAAGUUCAGUUUCUGCUGCACCCGGAAGACUUGGAAAACAUUCAGGCAUUUUUAGAUGAAUUUGACAAAAGGAGUCAUGGAAGUCCAAGUGACACCCAAGGGUUUUAUGGGAGUCUCUCCAGCCCUACAUUAGGAGUGCAUGAAAUGAAUAUUGGCCCGAUUUUGUUCCAAGUGGCCACGGGGGACAUUACCAAAGAAGCGGCAGAUGUGAUUGUCAAUUCAACAUCAAAUACAUUUAAUCUCAAAUCAGGAGUCUCCAAAGCAAUUUUGGAAGGUGCAGGACCAAGUGUGGAGAUCGAAUGUUCUAUCUUGGCUCAGCAGAACAGUGAGUACAUAGUUACUGAAGGUGGAUCACUGAGAUGCAAGAGUAUUAUCCACGUUCAUGGUGGGAAUGAUGUGAAGAGAUCAGUUUCCUGUGUUUUGGAAGAAUGUGAACAACGGAACUACUCAUCCAUUUGCCUACCAGCCAUUGGCACAGGAAAUGCUCAACAAGACCCAGAUGCAGUUGCUAAAGCCAUAAUGGAUGCCAUUGAAGAAUUUAUCCAGAAAACAUCAGUGCAGGCUGUGAAGAAAGUCAAAGUUGUUAUCUUGCAGCCUCAUAUCCUGGAUGUUUUUUAUGACAACAUGAAAGACAGAGAAGGCUCCCUGGAUCCUCCCCAGCCAUCUCUACUGUCUAAGAUCUCCUCCUUUUUUGGCUUUUCAAAGCCCACUCCCCCCAAACAGAACACCCUGUUUUUGGAAAAGAAAAUAGAGCAGACAGUUUUCCAGGUGUGUGGCAUAGAUGAAGACAGUGUGGAACGCACAAUCUCCUGGAUACAGAAUCUGAUCACCCAGGAGCAGCAUUCCUAUCGCAGUGAUGAUGAGUGUGUCAGAGACUUUGGUGAGAAGGAGUACAAGAAGCUGAAUGAGCUGCAGGAGAGGCUGAAUGUCGUCAUUGAGCUGGACCAGAAGACAUCUUUGAUUAAAGUUGCAGGAAUUAGCAGAGAUGUGAUAGGAGCUAAAGAUGAGAUUGAAAACCUGAUCAAGAGCAUCCGAUUGGUUAAAGAGAAGAAAAGCCAGGCAGACUAUGUUUCCACAUUUGUGGAAUGGCGAUAUGUUGACAACAACGUCAUACACUGUUUCGACAAAAUAGCUAUCAUGCAGUUGGAGGACGCACGGCAGGCAAAGCAGACGAGCACUGUUGUCAGAAUUAAUAAUCAGGACUUCACAGUGAACUUGAGGACAAACACGGCCACAGGCCCUCAAGGACAGAGUGUCACAGUUCAGCGCAUCUUAAAAGAUGAAACUGAAAUCCCUUCAAAUUGGAGUGACAUGAGGCAGAAAACAUUGCUUGUGGUCAGUCUGCAAACCAGUGAUCCUGAGUAUAUCAUGGUGGCAAACAAGUUCCAACAGACCUGCCGGAAAUUUGUCAUAGAGAAGAUCGAACGGAUCCAGAAUCCAGCUCUCUGGAAAAAGUACCAGGCAAACAAAAAAAUCAUGGAUGAAAAGAAUGGCCAUGAAAGAAAUGAGAAACAACUCUUCCACGGGACGGAGGCUAGCUCUAUUCUACACCUCAACAGUCACGGUUUUAACCGCAGCUACGCUGGGAAGAAUGCCACAUGCUAUGGGAAGGGAACCUAUUUUGCUGUCGAUGCUUCCUAUUCAGCUAAUGAUACAUAUUCCAGACCAGAUGCCAAUGGGAAGAAGCAUAUGUAUUACGCGCAGGUUCUCACUGGGAACUACACAAAGGGAAACCAGUCACUGAUUGUGCCUCCUCCAAGGAACCCUCAAAAUCCUACUGACUUGUACGACACUGUCACAGAUGAUGAUAUAAACCCAAGUAUAUUUGUAGUGUUCUAUGACAAUCAAGCAUACCCAGAGUAUCUCAUCACCUUUAGGCGGUGACACUUCAGGGCACCUUCACGCAUCUGCUGCAAGACAGAUUUUAGCAGUUUCCUCCCUACGAUGUCUCUAAGAGCACAAGGUCUUCUUUGCCGUGGACAUGUUUCCUCAGCUGCUCCUCCAUGGUGGAAAUGAAUCCACUUGAGAGCCAAUCUAAUUGAAAAUUUACAUCAGGUAACAGCUGAAGCUGUGCUGUCUCAAAUGUGACAGUAACAUCCUCACAGACUUUCAGGACACCACGCAAUUCUGGCUGCCACCAGUGGAAUCAUGUCAGAGAGGCAGUGUGUCGUGGGGACACACAGUCACUGAACCAGGAAGACUGCCAACGGCAAGCUGAACAGAUCCAGAGCAGAGAACCUGUUCCUUCACUAACAUCCCUGUGCCAUGUGGGUUGGACAACUCCAGACAGGGCUAUGUACAAACUGGGUACAUGAGCUAGCAGAUGGCUCGUGGUCGGUGUGAACUGAGCUACAAGGAGGGGCACUGCUCAGAAGCUGUGGCCCUAUUUGUAAGAAGUUUCUUUUAAUGUCAACCCCAAUGUUCUGGCUACCUACUGAAAUUAAUGGGAUAACCCCUGCUUCAUCUCCAGGGGAACUCUUCCACCCUGUGAGAAUGAGUGAACGCUGAGGAGAUCUGCUAGCAUCUUUCCCAGGGUAGGCCAUCUUGUGAUGACUUCACAGCUUUGUGUGUAAGCCAAUUAGUCAGGCUGCUAACUCAGAGUCUUCUGGAUGGUAAUUCUUUCUUGUGGUACUGGGGACUGAACCCAGGACCUCACAUAAGCCAGGAAAAGCUCUACCACUGAGCUACACAGCCCCAGCCCUCUUUACUUCUUAUGUUGAGGCAGGAUCUCAUUUAGUUGCACAGGCUGGCUCUGAUAUCCUUCCGUAGCCUUGGCAGGCCUUGAACUCACUCUCUUCCUGCUUUGGCUACUUGUGUGAGGCCUGUGCCACCAGACCUGGCUAACAAUGUUCUUCUAAUUUUCUCCUGUCAAUUUCAGACUCAGUGCCAUUUAUUGAGUACCUAGACAUGUCCAUGUAGAGUGAGAGAUGUGGUCACAAACAUGACCUUGUUCCCAUGAAUAGUGCUUUGGGAAGAGUUUUUCCAUAUUUCAGGGCUUAAGGGAACAUGUUCAGAGUACAAGAAAUGUUCUUAUUUGAGAUCACUGAGGCAGGAACCCUGAGAGCCAGCUUACUGAGUCUUGGUGCUGGUGUCCAGCCCUUAUCUCUUCCCACCACAGAACUUGGCCUUGAGAGAAGCAGGUGCUGUUUUGGCCUUCAAUCAGUGGCCAUCAUACAGUGACUAUCAAUGAGUGAUCAUUACUCAGUGUUCAUCACAUGGUGGUUAUUACACGUGAUCUUCAUGUAGUGACUAUCACAUGGUGUCUUUCACAUAAUGUCCGUCACACAGUGACCAUCACAGUUGCAAGUGUCUCAUGUCUGUGAAGUGACCUCAGAUAUCCCUGGCUUUUGUCCUUCUGAAUUCGGUGCCCACUCUACUUCUUAUUAGGAGUUCUGUAGGCCAAGGAGCUAGUGCUGUGUAAAGUUCUCGGGUGAUACAUCCUGGGUGUUGGGAGAAUUAAGGUGCUGCUUCCCACCAUAGGGUUCACCAGGGGACCUCAAGGGGAGCAAGGGUCACCAUUGCUGCCACAACAACACAGAGGCCUUGGAACUUCUGCUGCUCUUUCUAAGUGGGCUGGCACAGACUGUGGCUUAGGAGGGGCUGGCUUCCUCUGCACUGGCAUCUGAACUCAGUGCCAACAGUGGUCUUAGGAAACAGAAUAAAAAUAAGAGGUCUGUUUUCAUCUGCUUUUGUCCUCCAGUGGUUUAGUUAACUCAGGGCAAGGCUGAAUAGCCUGAUGUUACACUGUGGAAUAAAGACCCAACCAGCAAAUGUCAGCCUUUCCUCACUUCUAGUAAAAUUACUUGAAAAAAGU